CUUUUCUAUUGACUUUGAUACUGUCACUGCAUCUUGUGUGGGACUUGUCUUCAAAUGUUUACGUCUUUAUUUUUAUUUAUUUAUUUUUACUUGACUUGCAUCGCUUCACCAUCUUGGGGAAUGCCGGACCUAGCUUACAUAGCUAGAAAUGCUAAUGAUGUGUGAUUGGACAAGGACCGUUUGGGGGCGGGGUUUUGCGAAAGGUCAUUUGGGAUAUCAGCAUGGGAACUAUGACGCCGGUGCGUCUGUGUAAGUCCGCCGUGUAGAAACCACCUCCUCCUCCGCGUUCAGCGCCCGCCCGCUGUCAUUCGUCCAAGUCAAGCCAGCCGGUGCGAUCGUGGCGCUGGUGGAGUGGAGCGUCGAGAGCCGCAUGCAAAUGAACCAUCUCCGCUUCUGGUCACCUGAGGAUCGAGCGAGGUAACCCGCAUGUCCCGUCUUCUGCAGCGGCUUUUUGACGUUUUGAAUGGGGAUCUAAGCGGAUUAAACGCUACCGCUAAUCGCUGCUUCUUCGCCGCGGCUGUGCUUCGCUACAACACGGAGUGCCUCUCUGCUACCCCCUGGUGACCAUGUGGAGCGUGAGCGCAGUGAUCCUGGUCCUGGCCGCCGUCGCCCUCAGCUCGGCAGACUCUGACACGCAAAGGCCUCGACACGACUCCAACUUGGAGAUUUACAAGCGGCUGUUUGAGACAAAGAGGAAAGAUCAGCUGAACGCUCUGAAGAAUCUUGUGGAGCUGAAUGACAUCAACCAGCAGUACAAGAUCAUAGACAUAAUGCUCAAGGGGCUUUUCAAGGUGUUGGAAGACUCGAGACAGAUCCUAGUCGCAGCCAACAUGCAGCCUGAUGACCCCUUCCCUCUGGAUGAUAAGAUCAAAGAAGCUUAUUCCCAUGUGGUGGAGAACACAGCGUUCUUCGGCGAUGUGGCGCUGCGCUUCCCACGUAUCGUCCACCACUACUACGACCGCAACUCUGACUGGGGUGGUCUGCUGCGCUGGGGGCUGAAUUUCUGUAACCAGACAGGAGUCUUCACAGGAGGAGCCCACCAGCAUGUCCUCACACUCAUGUCGCAGGAGCUGGGAAUAACAGAGAAAUCCCCAGAUUUUUUAAAUCCAUACCGCACAGAGAGAGACGAUGUUCUUCACACGGCCGAGGCUUUCCAGAAGAUCCUGAGGGAGGAGGAGAAGAGGAGGAGGAAGGAGGAGAAGAGGAAAGAAAUUCGGAAAGGCCCCCGCAUCUCCCGCUCUCGCUCUGAGCUAUAGCGCUACUCAUCAGCGGGCGCGAGGAGCAGGAGAAAAGGAGUAGAAGAAUCAGGAGUGCACACAGAAGUCCACAUGGAGUGGCUUGACAUGUAAACUGUGAUGACGGCAAAGGAAACAAAGGCUGCCGUCCAUUGUACAAAAGUGAAGGUGCUGUGAGGGAAAGAGCAGAGGUGCCCUCAGUGUUGAGUGGUUAUUCAGAGUUCUGAUCGAGGCUUGAACUGCUGUCCACCAGCAGGGAUUUGUAAUUGGAGAAUCUAACUGUAUUAAAGGAUGUUUCUGGAAAAACAACAGAAAGUUGUUUUUAAACGUACAGAGGCGGACAAAUUUAUUGGCACCCCUGGUAAAGAUGAGGAAAAAAGCCUUAAAAUAAAUAAGACGUUUUUGCAGCAACAUAAUAUGACUCUGAAAAAAAAAGAUAAACCUGCCAUUUGAGUAAAUUUGCUCAGUAGGGAAAAUGUUUUUGACAGAAUUGGCACAAUAAUAGGGACCCCAGCUGUCAGUACUUUGUACAACCAUGCUUUGACAGAAGCACAGCCCAUGUGUAAUAUUUCCUAAGGUUGCAGCAUGCAUCCCUUAUUUAACAAUCUCUCUACACCAUCCAGAGUUUAGGGGUCUUUCUUAUGAUCUCUAAUCUUCAGCUCACCCCACAGGUUGGGCAUUCUAUAGGAUUUAGGUCUGGGAGCUGAGAUGACCAUGGAAAAAGGUGGAUUUUGGCCAUAUGUUUUCCAAUUCAAUUAAAUUUUAUUCAAAAAAUACUGUAUUAAUUCCAAAGGAAAAUUAAAUGGAGCCUUAUCCUGCUGAAAUAUCCAAUUAUGAUACAUUAUCCACCCAGAUUUAUAUGAACAACAAGUAUUUCGAAGUUCGUGAUGCCAUGCACUCUAAUGGGUCCACAGCAUCACAGAUCCUCCAUCAAACUUGUCUGCAUGAGGUGCUUUUCUACAUGUUAAUGCUUUGCUAUACGCCAAAAACCUGCUCUGAGUAGGUUGCUGAAACAAAGCUCAACCUCAGUUUCACCUGACCAAAGCGUGCACUUCCAGUUAAAGUCCCAGUGAAGCUUGGCAAACUCCACAUGUUUACGUUUGUCAUGUUAGGACAUAAAAUAGACGUCACUCCCAAACAACUGGUUCAUAAUCCAAGAAAACAAAGUCGCAGAUUAUGAUCAAUUUCUGAUCAAUUUAAAAAAUACAAUGGAUAAAUUGUUGCUACAUUCUUGUUAAAAUUGUUUUUUUAAUAUUGGAUUUUUUUUUCCCCACUGAGUGACCCUACUAAAACUAAAGGAUUAGAUUUUGCAACUUUUAUUUUUUGUUUUUUUAGUGUGAGACUAUACUGCUGCAGUAAACAAAUGAAUUAGUUUUAUAGCAUUUUACACAUCUUUACCAAGAGAGCCAACAGAUGUGCCCUGCACUGUAUUGGGAAAUCAUUUAAAAAAAAGUUUACUUCAGAACUUUACAAACCCCUAAUGUAUUGUCUGGUCCAGAUUUAAUGUGUGUAAAACCCAUAUGCUUUAAAUAUAUGUAGUUGCAGAGUAUAAAUUUGACCUCAUUUAACCGUGGCCUGGUUUGUUUGUGAUAUUUUUUCAUUUUUAAAGGUUUUCUUUUGUAAAAAUUAAGAAUUUUCCUCCGAUUGCUGCUUUAAGUUGUCAAGACACCUCUUGUUCCAUUUGCCUGAAAAUACAUCAUAAUUAUUUUUGUAUUCAUUUGAAAGGGAUCGCCCCCAUAAUCUUUUUUUUUUUUUUUUACCUAGUACUCGUUUGUGUUUUAAAUUGGUUUAUUUUGGUUAGGUUGAAAUAUAAAUUGUGGGCCUUCACCUCGUCCUUGUUAAACAUGUUUUCUUGUUAUAUUAGAGUUGUCAAAAUGUAAUGCUUUAUAUCUAUCAAACUGAGAUUGGUGUCAUUUUAAAGGAGUAUAACGACUGUUAUGAAACUUGUAUGUAUAUUCAGAGAAAUAAUAUCAGUGCUGCAAGACCAAGAAGCCAUUUUGUUAAAACAUAUGAAAUAAAGUGAUUAUGUUAUGAUGGAGAAA